AUGCUUUGCAGAUGGAAUGACAGAGAGCUGAAGUUUGUCCGCACAGUUAUGUUCACGGUGGAGGAGAUCAACAGGAAUGCGCAGCUCCUUCCGGGAGUCAGUCUGGGCUAUCAACUCUACAACGGCUGCGGGAGCGAGAACCUGAUACGAGCGGCGAUAGAAGCCAUAAGCCAGGAGGGGCCCGCAUGCAGUGCUCGAAUCCAGGCCCUCCUUGGUCACUCAUCCUCAGGAAUUAGCAAGAAUAUCAACACCCUUCUGAGUCCAUUGUCCAUUCCGCAGGUCAGCCAUCUUUCAACAUGUGCGUGUUUGUCAGAUAAGAGCCUCUACCCCACCUUCUUCAGAACGGUGCCGAGCGACCGCGUUCAGGUGCUGGCCCUGGUACAGCUCAUGAAGAAUUUCGACUGGCGCUGGGUGGGGAUCAUUUAUUCUUCAACCACGUAUGCCGACAAAGGCACAGCUGAAUUUGUGGUGGAGGCAAUGAAGGAGCACAUUUGUGUUGAAUAUCGGCUAGUGUAUUCAAAGGCCUCGACCGAAACUCAUGAGGCCAUUGUGAAGAUGCUGAGGGAAUCGUCAUCCAAGGUGGUCCUGCUCUUCAUGUCUUUAUCUUACACAAAGUCCUUCUUAUCUAAAAUGGCCGGUUACAACAUUAGUGGGAAGCAGUGGGUCGGCAGUGAGGCGUGGAUCACACAACUAGACCUUGCUUCCGUAGAGAGGCAGAACAUACUACAAGGGGCAAUGGGCUUUGCGCUCCCGGAGGCGUCUAUUCCCGGGCUGGGCAACUUCCUGUUGGACUUGAAACCAUCUGACGAGCCUCAGAGUGGAACAAUUAAGGCUUUCUGGGAGAAGUUUUUUGACUGCAGCUUUUCUCCCUCCAACACCUCAACCCUGUGCACUGGUGGUGAGGACAUGAAGGCCAUCUCCAACGACUACACGGAUGUGACUCACUUCAGAGCUGAGAACAACAUGUAUAAAGCAGUGUAUUUGGUUGCAUAUGCACUUCAUGCAUUGUUGCAAUGUGAAAAUGGCGCCAAUCCAACCACAGGAAAACCCUGUGUCAUCAAAAGCGAGGUCCAGCCCAAGAUGGUGUUGGAGCACAUCAAGUACGUGAAUUUCACGACUCCGAAUGGGGCCAAGAUAUUCGUCAAUGACGAUGGCGAUUCUGUGGGCGAGUAUGACCUAAUCAACUGGCACAUGAGAGACGACGGUUCGGUCAAGCUCGUGAACAUUGGCCGGUACGACGCCUCUUUUUCAGAGUACAGAAAGCUGAAGCUGAAAGGAGACGCCAAAAUAGUUUGGGGAGGAAACAGCACAGAGGUGCUGCGGUCUGUGUGCAAGGAACCGUGUCCUCCUGGGACCCGCAAGGCCGUCAACAAGAACAAGCCUGUGUGCUGCUUUGACUGCUUUGAAUGCCCCGAGGGAACAAUAAGUAAUCAGACAGACUCUCCUGACUGUUUGGCUUGCCCACCGGAAUUCUGGCCCAAUGCCAAGAAAGACCGUUGCGUUCCUAAACCCACUGAGUAUCUCUCUUAUAAGGAGAUCAUGGGUGCGCUUUUAACGGCAUUAAGCUGCGUUGGCGUGUUUUUAGCUUUUCUGACAUUCCUCAUAUUUCUGACCCACAAAGAGACUCCCAUCGUCAAAGCCAACAACUCGGAGCUGAGCUUCCUGUUGCUCAUCUCCUUGAAACUCUGCUUCCUAUGCUCGCUGACCUUCAUUGGUCGUCCGACUGAGUGGUCCUGCAUGCUGCGCCACGCGGCCUUCGGCAUCACCUUUGUGCUUUGCAUUUCUUGUGUGCUGGGGAAAACCGUAGUAGUGCUAAUGGCUUUUCGAGCCACGUUACCUGGCAAAAAUAUGAAACUGUUUGGGCAUGUCCAGCAGAGGCUCAGUGUUCUGGCUCUCACUGUGGUUCAGGUUCUAUUCUGUAUCAUUUGGCUGUGUACAAAUCCUCCAUUCCCUGCGACCAAUCUGAAGUACUACAAGGAGAAGAUCAUCCUAGAAUGUGCACUGGGUUCAGCGAUUGGGUUCUGGGGUAUGUUGGGUUACAUCGGACUUCUCGCCCUCCUGUGUUUUACUCUUGCUUUUAUGGCCAGGAAGCUUCCAGACAGUUUCAAUGAAGCGAAGUUGAUCACUUUCAGCAUGCUGAUAUUCUGUGCAGUGUGGAUGGCCUUCAUCCCGGCCUAUGUCAGUUCCCCUGGCAAGUUUACAGUGGCCGUCGAGAUUUUUGCCAUUCUGGCCUCCAGUUUUGGAUUGCUGGUUUGCAUAUUUGUUCCAAAGUGCUACAUUAUCAUCUUCAGGCCGGAGAACAACACCAGAAAACAUCUCAUGGGAAAAAUACCACCAAGAACCCUUUAA